AUGUCGAUUCCGCUAAACCCUUUAACAAUUAUUAAGCUCAUUCAAUAUGGCAAGGAAAGGGUCGAAACAGUUACAUCAAACAAAGAAGCUUGUGCUCUUCUAGUGGAUGAUUUGGACAUUAUUCAGGGUAUAUUAAAUGGUCUUGGUCCAGAAGAAAAAACGUCAGCAGACAACUACAAAUUAUCACGAGUUAUGAAGAAACUUCAUCGCAUAACAACGCGUACAAACGCAUUAUUUGAUAAAUGUGCAAGUGGUAAAAAAUGGGUAAAAAUUCGGCAAUAUGUAUGUGCAACAUCAAUCAAAGGAGAGCUACAGAAGUUACACUCAGAAGUACCAGUGACGAUUGGAAUGUUGAAUUUAGUAUUUCAUAUAAAGCGCUCCGCUUACACCAGGGGUGGUACAGCAAUACCCACAGUAGACGAAUCUAUUUUUAACGAAGAAGAUGAACAAGAUACAGAAGAAACAGAAGAAUAUUAUGUAAAUGAUGAUAAUGAUGAAUAA